AUGCGUACUAAUCUGCUGUACGCAUCGGCAGCUCUGACUGCUGUCCCCGUCGUCAACAUCGCAAACUGCGAUUGCUACACUGUUUCAGGGCCCGAUCCAGGGUUCUUCCAGCACCACCGCUUCUGGGACUUUCGUCAGGUCCCUCUCAACGCUGCGGCCGCCAGAACUCAUGACUUCCACCCAGCAGGCCAGGCUCCGCUCAUGAACUUUGAUCCGCAGUCCACUCCUGUUCUUCUGAAAGACACCCCCUUUGCCAGUGAAUGGGCUGUUCAGGACUGGGGUCGCGGAGGAACCCCUCUUUUCCCGGUUACAAUUGUCAAUUCGGACAAGAAUGUCUAUCUCACUCGUCAUCCUGCUGGGGGGUUGACUUUUCUCGCGAUGCGGACGACCAGGUUCGAAAGAUAUUCUUCUACGGCUGAGAUAGAAAGUCGUAUCCAAAAUUUCAUGCAUGUUUCGCUACGAGUCCGUCUGCGCUUGCUAUCAAACGGUGAGCAGAUUCUUUCUCCCCCGAGAGACGAGAGAAGCUUGCAUCGGAGAAUCCACACUGUAUCUGCUUCUACCUCUUAUUCAUCACCCCGUCUCGCGCAAAGCAAACAAAAAAGGUUCAUGCCUUCGGGUGGCGCAUGUGUUGGGAUAUUCACAUUCUUCUCUCGAACCAGCGAGUCCGACAUUGAAAUCCUGACUUCUGAGCCUCCUACUCGAGCCCACUACGCAAAUCAGCCUGAUUACGAUCCAGUCCGUAAUCUCAUCAUCCCUGGUUCCCAGGUCGCUGUUGAUGCACCUAUCCCGUGGACAACAUGGUCCACAUAUCGACUAGAUUGGCUCCCCAGUAUGUCUCGCUGGUAUGUCGAAAACCAGCAGCAAGCCAGCAUGACCUAUGGAAUCCCAGUCGACCCCAGCCGACUCCUCAUCAACCUCUGGAGCGACGGCGGUCUGUGGUCAGGGAAUCUGACGAUCGGUGAUAGUGUUCAUUUGGGCAUCGAAUGGAUCGAAGUUGCCUACAACCAGACCGGCGAUGUACCGAGACCAUGCAAUGUUAAAUGCCGUAUAGAUGGCGUCGCAAAUCCAGGUGUACCAGAGGUAAUGUAA